AACAAUUUUUUUAAGAACUUCUAAAUUAUGUAUUUUUCAUCAAUUGUUUUCUAAUUCCGGUAAGAAAGUCAUGCUUGAGUACAUUCAGAGACAUGUAUUUGGAGGUCAUAGAAUGCUUACACCAAGUCAAAAGCUCAAUAUGUGGUUUACCGGGUGUUGUAUUUACUGUAAAAAUUGUCAGCGGUAUCAUAUAUGACAUGUACAGUUUCGUAUUAUUUCCGAGAGUACGUCAAUGAUCCUUAUUCGGUAUUUUCUUUCAUAGACUUGUUAACAAAAACAAUCAAUAUUAUACUAUUAUACAUGAUAUGUGACGCCACGGAAAAAGAGAUAAACCGGAUGAGUGAUGCCUUACAUCAACGAUCCGUAAUAGAAAGGAACCCUAGAAUUAAACGUCAGAUCAAGUUUUUUUUAUUACGAAGAUUACACGAGCACUAUCAUUUUAAGCUGUAUGGAAUGUGUCAUAUUAAUUUAAGACAACUACAUAGUUUGUCAAGCAAAGCAAUUGGUUAUUUGGUUGUUCAAAUCUUGUUAAAAUUAAAUAAAAAAUUAACUUAGAUACCAAAUUAAUCAGUUUAUAGGCUGAUAUAUUUAUGUAAAGACACUAUGUAGAAUGUUAUAUAAACCUUUUAUGUUAGGUAAACAUAACAUAUAAGUUACUAAUAGACCACUCACUACUCAUUCAACACAUGUUUUUUAUGUAUUAUUGUAAAGAUAUUCAAAUUUUUA